AUGGCGAGCACCACGGCAGGCUCCAGCUCAAGCCCGAGCAUACCGAACACGGGCAACUGGGACCCGAUGGUCUGCUUGGACGAACAGCCGACGCCCUCUUGUCUCCUGAGGGUGACGCGGGAGAUCGCGGACAUCGAGGACAACCGGCUGCCGGGCAUCUUCGUCUCGCCCGAAGAGAGCGACGUCACCAGGAUCCACGCCGUCGUGAUGGGACCCGAGGGAACCCCGUACGAGGGCGGCUUCUUCCACUUCUUCAUCAAGUGCCCCUCGAACUACCCGUUCGUUCCACCCCGUGUGCGCCUGAUGACUACCGACGCCGGUAGAGUGAGCUUCAACCCGCACCUCUACGCUUGCGGGAAGGUGUGUCUCAGCAUUCUCGGCACUUGGCCUGGACCAACCUGGACACCUGCCCACAACAUUAGAAGCCUACUGAUCUCCAUACAAUCGCUUAUGAUCGAUGAGCCCUUCUUCUACGACGAGUUCAGUACGACGUGCAAUGCGCUCUCCACCGCACAGUACAACGACAGAGUAGGACACGACACCGUCAGGGUGGCCGUAUGCGAUGCUGUGGAAGCGUAUCUUGGAGAGGAACCUCCAUACCCUCCGUGCCUGGUCUCUGAGAUCCUGAAGAAGUUCGCCCAGUCGUACGAGAAGUACGAGGAGAGGAUCGAAGCCCUGGCCGAGCUGGACAGUGCCCGACGGUUGUCUCAAACGCUGGACCACACCACCGCGUACCUGUACGAGCCUCUGCUGUCUCGUCUAAGGCAACUCGGCCAGCGGGUCAAAGAGAAGAUCGAAGUGGAUGGCGCGCGUCGCUGA